AUGGGGAUUGUGGAGUUCCCAGUUCUAGUUGAAAAGGCAAAAACAGUUGAGAGAUUUGAAGGAGGAAAUAGAUUGGCAAAGAGUCCAGUGGGAUCAUCUGAAUUUGGAAGGGGGAAACAUCUUCAAAAGAGACCAUCUCAAUUUCAGAAGGGGAAUGCUAAUAAGAAACCAACGGGGACUACUACUACAGGAGUUGUUCAGAGUGUUGAAGCUGAAACGUCAUCUGAGCUGGUAAAGGGAAAGGGCAAGGUUGAUGGUAAUGAUAUUUCUAUUCUAUUUGAUUCUGGUGCUUCAUAUUCUUUUAUUUCUUAUGAAUGCGUGACAAGGUUAAAUUUGGUUGUGAGUUCAUUGUGUGUGGAUCUAGUUGUUUCUACUCCAGCUUCAGGAAUGGAUUGGCUUUCUGCCAAUAGGAUUUUGAUAGAUUGUUCAAAGAAGAGAUUAAUCUUUCCUACUGUUGAACAGGAGAGAUUUAUUUCUAGUGGACAGGUGGAUGGGUUGUUGAAGGGUGGAGCUCUUGGGUUUAUGAUCCUAUCUUUUAUUAGUGUAAAGAAUGAAAAGUUGUUGAAUAGUAUUGAUGUUGUUAGAGAAUUCCCAGAGGUUUUUCCGGAUGAUGUUCUGGGAUUACCACCAAAGCGAGAGUUGGAGUUUAGUAUUGAUCUUAUACCAGGGGCGGGACCAGUGUCUAUUUCUCCUUAUAGAAUGGCACCAACGGAGUUGUCUGAAUUAAAGAAGUAG